GUGGUGACAGAGGGAUGGGCGGUGGGACGGGAUGCGGGGCAGUGCGUCAGCUCCGGGUACAGCGGGACGCGUCGUUUGGGGACACGUCGUUUGGGGACACGUCGUUUGGGGACACAUGCGGGGACCCCCGGAAACGCCAGCUCCUGCCUGUGCCACGUGACCGGAAAGUGCGGUUAGCACCGCCCCCUCCCUGACCAAUUGGGUCGCACUUCCGCCAAGAUGGCGGCGCCCAUGGAAGCGAGGCGUGUCAGUGGCGGGACCGGGACCGGGGAGGAAGAGGAGGAGGAGGAGGGCGACGAGGACGAAGGGUCCGACGAUGGGGACGCGGCCGAGUCCGGGCCGCUGGCCGGCGUGUUCCCCCGCGACCCCGAGCUUUUUUCCGACACAUUCCGGGAGCUGAGUCGGUUCCGCUUCUGCGGCCGCGUCCUCCGCAUCGCGCAGCACCACGGGCCGCGGCUCGGGAUGGCAGCGGCCGUCUGGGAUGGGGUGAGGGGGGGUGGGA